AUGGGCUCCCGAAGCGCAUACAAGCUACAGGGCGUUUCAAUAAAUGCGCUAUGCAUAUAUCGGCACGAACAUGACAGAAACCUUGGCACUCAGGUCUUAGGGUGCUGCCAUGGAGAACUGGACCGCGUCUACGAAACGGUGAGGAGGCUGGAAAGACAAAGCAUCGGCAUCGACUUGCUCAUUUGCUGCGGAGAUUUUAUGUCGGUUCGCAAUGAGCAGGAUCUGGAUCACGUCUGCAUGCCGCAACAGCAUCGUGAGAGACAGGAUAUGAAGGACUUCAGCAAGUACUACACCGGUCGUGUCGAGGCUCCGGUCACAACUAUAUUCGUCGGAGGCAGAAACGAAGCGGCGAACCUGCUUCGUGAGCAUUACUUUGGCGGCUGGGUGGCUCCACGGAUCUACUACCUUGGCUGUGCUGGAGUGGUCCGCAUUGGUCCUCUCCGCAUUGCUGGAAUUUCCGGUAACUUUGUCGCCUCUGAUUACUUCCGUGGACGACACGAGUGCCCACCUUUCACAGAGGAGUACAAGCGAAGUGCAGUCCACGCCCGCGAAUACGAUGCAGCCAGGCUGGAGAAACUGCAGGAGCCCAUCGACAUCGUAGUGUCUUACGACUGGCCGCGAGGCAUUUGGAAGUUCGGCAACUACGAAAAGAUGUGCGAGCAGCCCGACCUGGGGGAGAAUGUCAAGCGUGAGAUGGAAGGCAACACUUUGGGAAGCCCUGCUGCCAUGGAGCUCCUGAAGAAGCUGCGACCUCUGUUCUGGUUCUCCUCAAGCCUACAGGCGAAGUUUCCAGCUUUGGUUCCCCAUGGCGAUGGUACCUUCACCCGGUUCCUGGCCCUUGAUCGGUGCCGGACGGGCCGCGAGUACAUGCAGGUCUUGGACAUCGAUCCGCGCUGUCCAACAGCGAUGCAAGCUUUGCCACGACCCUCCUGGCUGAAGACGCCUGCGCUGCCAAGACUUCCGGUGCCGUUGUGCUACGACGCAGAGUGGCUUGCAGUGCAGAAGGUAAACCACGAGACACUGGACAGCAACAACUUCUGGCUCAUGAGCAUUUCCUUCUCCUGGCAGCCUGCGAAAGCCAAACUCGCCGCGGCGACGCGGGAGGACGUCGACUGGGUCAAGAAGCGGCUCAGAGACGACGUGGGAGCCGUCCCAUCCUACCGGGGCCGUCGUCAUCCAGACUUGUUGCCGACCAAGUUGCGGAAGAGCCGUGGAGCAGGGAGGCAGACUUUCCAGAAUUUCUCAACGGAGCAGCUGCGGGAGUUGUAUGACUUUCGUGGCCUUGUGUUCCCUGGGCAUCUGGACAAGCCUUCGAUGAUCAAGAAGCUGGAGGAAUAUGAUGCCCUGCAUGGAGAGGAGGAAGAGGAGAAGGCGGUGGAAGGGGAAGGUUUCCCGAUCCCACUGAACUUCGAAGCCGAGCCGCUCAAUCCCCAGCAGCAGCGAGCACGGCUUCUUGCCAUCCUGGAGCUGCACGACCUGUGGAAGGACCACGAAAGUCAGAGAAGACAAGUACUCCGUAGCACACACAUGGAACAGGUGUACGAUCCAUUCAGUGAUGCAUCUGUGCCUGAACUUGCUGUGCCUUCGGUCGCUUCUGCAGGCCCACCUCAUACAGCAGGGGACGAUGUGAAGCCGGCCAUACCCAGCGACGAGCCCCAGGAGGAAUCCACCGACAGAGAAGCUCCGCCUGCAGAGGUUGGUGAAGGCACAGCACCGGUGACAGCAGAAGACCAGGCGAUCUAUCCAAACCCGCCAGAUGCAGCUCCCGAGCCAGAGCAGGAAGCCGCAGCCGCCGAGGAGGCCCCAAUGUCGACCGAUGCCGGAGGUGCUGAGGCUGCGGAGGAGGAAGAUGACGAGCAGCUGCGCGCCGCUCUACAGCAGACGCAGCAGCGUGCAGAAAAGGCCCCAGAAAGUCUUGAGGAGUCCGAGUAUGGCGCUUCAGCCGCGGCGUUGGCAGCGGCCGUGAUGGAGCUCGCGGAGAACUUCCAGGAGGGAGACGAUCCCGGUCCUUUGCUGCUUGCGGUAGAUCAAGUCGAAGGCGUCCUGGAGGCUUUGACGGGUGGCGAGGAGGUGACCGAAGCCGAUUCCGAGGAGGCCGUGGAUGGCUUCGCGGCCUUGGCAAAGGCCUUGGCCGAUGCGGAGCGCGAGGAGGCUGAAGCAGCAGAAGCAGCUGCAGUGGUCGUGGAUGUUGAUGCCCCGGCCACGAAAGCGCCGGCGGUUCUGAGCCUCUACCUGCGAGCCAUGUACAUAGCUUAUGCGCAGAGCUGUCAGCUGAAGAAUCGGACGAGUUGGAAUGUUCCCCCCAAAAGCAAGUGCAAGGCUAUCCACGCAGAGCGGCGAGUGCGGGCAUUGCGGUUGUCAGAGAUGCCAGUGCCUCCGACGCCUGCGACGGCGAGCAACCAGGUCUCGGCAUCUGCCAGCACAGUGCCGGUCAGGUCGUCUCUUGCCGAGGCCCCAGCGGCUUCGCAAACGUCGGCCGGCUCUUCUGCAGACCGGAGGCAAGAUUCCUCUGCACCGCCUCUCCAAGUGGGCUCGCACGUGCGUUUGCGUGGCCUCGAAAAGCGGCCCGAGCUCAAUGGCUCGUGCGGUCGCCUUGCGGCCUUCGAUCCCAGCGAUGGGCGGUGGCAGCUAGCACUUGCAGAUGGCAAAGGCACUAUUCGGGUCCGGCCCGAGAACGUCACGCUUGAACCUGAAAGCAAAGGUUCUUCGUCGUCUUCGGGCGCCACUGCCGAGUCGGACAUACCUGAGGAGUUCCGCUGUGUAAUCACCAGGGACCUCAUGGAAAGGCCAGUCAUUACCUCUGACGGUCACACCUACGAGCGGAGCGCGAUCGCCAAGUGGCUGGAGGAGCACAGCACAUCGCCCAAGACGGGCCAAGAAUUGCCGGACAAGGUCUUGCGGCCUAACCACGCCCUCCGAGCCCAGAUCAUCGCAUACCGGGAGCGAAAAGGGCUCCCGUCAUUGCCACCAUGGGAGCCGGAGCCGCAG